CGUAUGGUGUGAUGGCAUAGUCUCGCGAGAUGAGACUUGCGCUUUAGAUUUAGUUUCCCGGCAGGAGCCGUGGAACUGGACGUGUAAGCGGUGUUGCAGCGCGUUUAAACAACGAGUCGGGACUGCGGGUUGUGGGCAGUGUUAAGAAACUCGGUCUGCUAACAUGGAAUUCCAAUGCCAUCCUUGGAGAAACAAGAAUCUCACCGAUGAAUGAGAAUAUCACUUAACUGAUGAGACAUUGGAUGCCUCUUUACUUUUGGUUUUGAGUGCAUUACAAACCCUAUCGGGCCUAACAGAAAGAAAAAAGGUCAGUAAAAUGAAGCUCCAGCGAGUACAUCUGAAGUGUAAGAAUUUGCACGAGUUUCUUCAGGAACUCAGCCCAGGGGUGCUCGAUCGAUUGUACAACCAUCCAGCAACUUGUUUGGCUGUGUUCAGGGAACUCCCAGGAUUGGCCAAAAAUUAUGUGAUGCGUAUGCUAUUUCUGGAACAACCCUUGCCUCAAGCUGCUGUUGCAUUAUGGGUCAAGAAGGAAAAUUUCAAUGAACAUGAGGAGAAUACACAGGUCCUGACUGGGUUACGACUUUGGCACACACAACAACUCCCUGGUGGGUUACAGGGCCUGAUUCUCAAUCCAAUCUUUAGAGAAAAUCUUAAAAUAGCACUGCUAGGCGGGGGAAAAGCUUGGGCAGAUGAUGGCUGCCUACUAGGCCCUGAUAAACAUGGAAAAGAUGUGGUCUCGUUGGAUAAGUAUGCAGAAGAGAGAUGGGAGGUCAUAUUACAUUUUAUGGUUGGGUCUCCAAGUGCUGCUGUUAGCCAGGACUUGGCACAACUGCUUAUACAGGCUGGCCUUAUGAAAAAUGAGUCUGGGGAAGCUCCUUGUAUUUCAUCAGCUGGCUUCCAGUUUUUGCUUUUGGACACACCUUCUCAGCUCUGGUAUUUUAUGCUUCAGUAUCUCAAAUCUGCAGAGUCUCGUGGAAUGAAUCUUGUGGAAAUACUCUCCUUCAUGUUCCAGUUAAGCUUCUCUACUUUGGGAAAGAGAAAGUCACGUCGAUACUAUCCAACACGUCUGGCUAUAAACCUUGCAUCUGGUAUAUCUGGCUCGGUUGUUGACAGCCAUAAGCAAGGGUUUAUUGUUGUGGAAACAAACUACAGAAUAUAUGCAUACACAGAUUCAGAGCUGCAAAUUGCCCUUAUUGCCCUGUUCUCUGAGAUGUUGUAUCGCUUCCCAAAUCUGGUUGUGGCACAAGUCACUCGAGAGAAUGUCCAGCAAGCGAUAGGGAAUGGCAUCACUGCUGAGCAGAUAAUCCACUUUCUGAGGACAAGAGCACAUCCAGUGAUGUUGCAGCAGAAUCCAGCGCUUCCACCAACAAUUACUGACCAAAUAAGACUUUGGGAACUCGAGAGAGACCGCCUACGUUUUUCUGAAGGUGUCCUGUACAACCAGUUUCUAUCCCAAGUGGACUUUGAACUUUUGAGAAACUAUGCACGUGAUCUUGGAGUGCUCGUGUUUGAGAAUCCAGCCAAGCGUGUGAUGGUAGUGACCCCCGGAGGACACUCUGAUGUUAAGCGUUUCUGGAAACGCCAAAAGCAAAGCUCCUGAGGUUUACAUGUGAUGGUCACCACUAAUUCUGGAUAAACUAGAAGCAACUGAAACUUUAAUAUAUGGGACCUUUUGUCCUCCAAAUGCGACAGUCUUUUAAUCAUUAAAAGAGGUCAUUUUCCAAAGUCUUGCUUUUUGGGGUCUGUAGAUUGAGACAGUUCUAAUGAUGGCAGCAGGGUGUUAUGAAAGACCGUGGAAUCACUUCUAUUUUGUGCACCCCAAAAGCAGAAGGUCAUAGUAUGUUCACAUAGAGAUGGCACUAUUUUCAGACAUCAGAUAAUGGCAUUUAUAAAGAUAUUGCAUCAUUUUCAUUGUCUCUAGUGUUACCACUAGUCAGAAUUAAUCAGAAUUAUAUAUACAUAUAUAUAUAUAUAUCUAUAUAUAUAUAUCUCUCUCAAAGGAUGAAGUUAGACAUCAGCGCAGUCCACUAGUGUGGACUCUCUAUUCAUUUCUAUUGGAUUCUUAAAAGCAUAUUUAUCAUAGGGUGAAUUUUCACUUUCACCCAUUGAUAAAUACUCAAAAUCCAAUUGAAAUGAAUGGAGAGUGGUGGAAUUUCACACUAGUGGACUGUGCUGAUGUCUAACUUCAUUCUUUGAUAAAUAUGCCCUAUAGUGCGGGUGUUUAUGGUGUAUUUCUGAAAAUGUUAUACAGCAAAGCUAAAGUCGCUCGUAUCAUCUUGGCCAUGUUCAAGCAUGCUAUCCAAUUAUCUAGCUGCGUUUCACACCUCCAAGGAUCAUUUCUGUCGAAUCACAAUCCAAGAAAUUGAAAAUAUCAUGGGCCAGUGCCUCCUCUGAUCAGGUUCGGGGUGAAUUGAAAGCUGCAUAAGUGAGAGGAGCUGCAUUUCCUUCAUAUUUGAACUCAUAUCCCCAGAGUAUUGGUUGGCCAUCUUAACUUGCACACUGGACAAAUCUGAGAAGAAGCUGUAAAUUGUACAGGUUUGAAGGCAAUGUUAUCCUUAUACAAUGGAAAAGAUUUUUCACAAGUUUUCCAUUUUGGACAGCAGUAAGCCCAGGGAGCUGUUUAAAUGUUUGAAAGCUGAUGCUGCAAAAGUUUUCUAAUAAAGUAUCUCCACUGUAUAAUAAUUAAUAUUAAAGAUUAAUUAAAAAAUGA